AGCCAGACUGAGCAGAGCAGCCAACAUGACUAUGCUGGCUGCAAUGGAGUUGCAAGCCGCUCCUCAGGGACUGCAACUUGAACAUGAAACUCUGUUCACUGCAGAUUCUGUUUCCUUCCUUGCAGAGUUAAUCUCAGCUUUUGACAAACAGGUUGAUGAGAUUUUAAGGCACAGAGUUGCUAGGAAGCUGGAGCUGGAGCAGGGAGGUCUCCCGGGGUUCUCCAGCCUCACCUCUCACCUCCGGGAGGACCGGACCUGGAGGGUGCUGCCUGUACCAGAGAGGCUGCAGAACAGGCACGUGGACAUUGGAGACCUCGCGCCAUCUGACACUGAGCGCUUCAUUCAAGCUUUGAGGUCAAAGGCUCAGGGGAUCCAGGUUGAUUUUGAUGAUGGAAACUGCCCUACUUACUCCAAUCAGAUCAAAGGCAUUUUUAACGUUUGCAAGGCAGUUCGUCAUCAGUUCCAAGGUGUGCCACCCAUUUCCAAAGCUCCCGUCUUAAUGCUCAGACCCAGAGCGUGGAACAUGGUGGAGCACAAUAUGAUGGUAAAUGGAAAAGAGGUCCCGGGACCCCUGUUUGAUUUCGGGUUGUUAAUGUACCACAAUGGAAAGCUGUUACUAGAAAACAAAAGCGGGCCCUUUUUCUACCUCUCAAAGGUUGAAAGUUACCUUGAAGCCAGACUCUGGAACAACAUAUUUGUUUGGACUGAACAAAAGCUGGGGUUGCCAGCCUGCAGUAUUAAAGCCACCGUGUUAAUUGAGAGCAUUCUCGCCACAUUUGAGAUGGACGAGAUCCUGUUUGAGCUGCGCGACCACACUGCAGGGUUAAACUGCGGGAUCUGGGAUUACUCGGCAUCCUUUGUCAACAAAUUAGGCGAUCGCUCAGCCUUCCUGUUGCCGGACCGUAGUAAGUAUGUGAACAUGGAGAAGCUGUUUCUGCAGAGCUACAUGGACCUGCUGGUGCAGACCUGUCACAAACGGGGAGCCCUGGCGACAGGGGGCAUGGCAGCACUGCUGCUACCCAGCGACACGCAGAGCGCUGACUACCACAGCGUCAUGGCAACUGUGACCAGGUUAAAGAUGCUAGAAAUCAAUGCUGGCGUGGACGGAUUUAUGGUGUACGAUCUCAAGUUGAUUGAGCCAAUGCAAAAGCUUUUCCAGGAACACACGCUAGGCCAGAAUCAGCUUCAUGUUCUCCGGGAAGAUGUGGUUGUCACGCCUGAGGACUUGCUGGCCAUGCCUUCAGGUGGUGUCACCCUCCAUGGCCUGAGAUAUAACAUAGCGGUGGGAAUUCUCUUUAUAGAGGCAUGGCUUACAGGCAGAGGGCAUUUCUUCUAUCGUGGGCAGGUGGAAGAUUCAGCCACUGCAGAAAUCUCCAGGUCCCAGGUUUGGCAGUGGAUUCGUCAUCAGGUAAAAUUAGAAGAUGAUGACAGGGCAAUAAGCAGAAGUCUGGUGAAGAGCCUAGUGGAGGAGAUCAGAAGGGAGCUCCAGGACUUUCUGCAGUGCAACACAGAGAAAGCCAAACAGAGACUAGAAACCGCCACUGCCAUGUUCCUGGAAGUUGUACAGAAGCGUGAUUUCCCAGAGUUCCUCACAACAUAUCUAAAUUUGGACCAUACAUUUCUCAGCUCCAGCAACUAAGACCAGUGGAUGGAUGUGAGCAAAGUGGAACGAAGGCUGCUGCUACUCCUUAAUAAAAAAUCAAUGCCGUCUAAACAUGUGGUUUGUUUAUGUGACCAAAAUGAGACGUCAGGAAUCACAGUAAAUAUCAAACAGCAUAUUACGCCAAACAAGAUGCUCCCCGAUUAAUGUUUUGAGUAUUUAAUUAAAACUGCACAAGAGGGACUGGAUGUAACUAAACCUUUUUGGCCAAUGUUUGUAUUGCACUGUAUUAAACUGAAUGAAAUGCACCUUGUGGGUGUCCCAGGGUCUAAAUUACCAGCCUGUCAUUCCUUUCAUCACUGAACUGAAGGCCAGGGUCUGAAUUGUGCUCUCCGCAAUUCCAGCAGAUAAAAACUGAUCAAGUAAAAAUAAGUGGCGGGGGGCGGGAAUACACAUCCAAAAGAUACUUUAUCAAAACAGUUUAUUGCAUUGUAUAUUUGGUACCUCAUGUGUUUGACAACAAGGGUAUUAACUUUACAACUGAAAGAAGCUGGUCUGGUGCUUAAAAAAAAAUUAUAAAAUAAAA